AAUUUUUACAUGAAAAAUCCUUUUUACACACUUUAUUACAUAAUUACCCUCACACGCCUAUUACUACAUUUAUACUUACAAACUUAUUUUUAUUACACAUUUACCACUUACUCAUCAUACCAUGCAUACACGUGUUCUCUCCCCAUGCAUCAUCAAUCAAAUCAUACUCUCUUCCCUCUCUUUUUUCAUUUUGUUUUCAUUUCAUUUUCUAUUCUUCAUUUAUGUUCUCUAAGUUCAUUUUGAAUUCAAGUAACCUCCAUUAACCACCCAUAAUUUAUCACGUUUUUCCCUCUUAUUUUUGGUUCAUCCACGAAUUUUCAACUUCCUCUUAGCCCACGAUUUAGCAACUGUUUUUCCCUCUCUGUUUCAUUUUUUUUCAAUCUUAUUUAUACCAUGGCAAUCACUCGGUCAUCUUCAUCCCCUUCUCCAGUUCUCAAAAAAAAAUCAAAAAUGGGCAAGAAAUCUUUGGCCAACAAAUCCAAGGGUAAACGCCCAAUCAAUGAUGAUUUUGAUUCUGAUUUUGAAGCUCCCAUGCCGAAGCGUGUGAGACCCCAUUCUUCGAAGAAAUCGAAGCUGAACUUGGAGGAGCCCACGCUUCCAGAAAUUUCUGGGAAAAAAUUUCAAAAAUCUAUUACACAUGCUGAAGAUCGGACUGAGGUUUGGGACUGUAAAUUUAGUCCUUCUGAUUUUUACAGAUCUAAGUGUGUGUGCACCAGUGUGUAUUCUGUGAUAAAUAAUAUUAAAAACACUUUAUCUGUUAAUUUGCUUUCUUUGUUUCGUCAAACUCAGUUUGGGCAUUUUCUGGAUAUGCCUGAGUUUGUUUUUCACCCACAAGUCGUUCAUAGUUUAUUACUAAGGGAAGUUUUACAGCCUAAUCCUAAGGAGUUUUGGGCUAAGGUUGCUGGCCGUUGCAUACGGUUUAGUGCCGAAGAAUUUUACCUUAUUUCGGUUUAGAUUGUUUCGGUGAUUGCAACAAGUUGUUGUUUUCACAGGAAACAAAUCAAUUGGUAGAAACAUGUUUCCGUGGUGUAAAAACUAUUGACAACAAAGCCAUCGAGGAUGCUUUUUUGGGUAGUCGGUGGGGUUUGGAUGAGUCUAUUGGUUUGAAAAUGGCUGUUUUGUAUUUCAUUCAGUGUUUUCUUCUUAGCAAUACUCCUGACAAAGAAGUGUCUAGGUUUGUUCUAGAUGUAGUUGAUAGCGGUCGGUGGGAUGAGUAUUGUUGGGGUAGGGAAUCAUUUGAAUUGACAAUUGACUCAUUCAAAGGUAGGAUUGAGCAUGGGAUCAUUAUGAAAAAUAGAAAGGCAGAGAAGGGAGGCCAAUAUGAUGGCUGGUAUAGGGCAUUGGGAUGUCCUUGGGU